CCAUUACGAGUUUGUAUGCAAGUUUAUUUCUUCUUUAUAUUGCUUUCUAUUUCAUGCUUUUUAAUUGUUUUUUUCUCGACUUCGGUUCUCAACUUGACGAGGCUAAUUUUAUUCUUUUAGGAAGGCGAACCCCCGCCUGCAUUCACAUUGUUCUUAACUUUUUUCUGCUUACUCUUAAUAAUCGCGAUUUUCACAGUGCCCGACAUUGUGAAGCACAUCGUGUACAAACUCUCGAAUAAUCAUAAUUUUCGAAGAGUAACGCUUUUCCGGACCAACAUUUUGCGACCAGAAAUCUCAAAGAGUUAAGCCCAACUUCGAAAAUCUCACAAUGUCCGACGCGAAUGUCGACAGCACGAACAAAGACUCCAAGACAGUGCUUAGCGAAGGGGGCGUUCGCGAGCACGUGACUGCUGGACUGCUUCUGUCCGUUCGACAAACAAAGACAUCAGACGAACUGUCUGAUAAUGAUAUUCCGAUCUCAGAAAUUUCGCGGAAGCACCUAGAUAUCUCGGCGGAAACCAUGACCUCAUCUCACGCAUCGGACAACACUAAACCUGCUCGCGUAAUCGUGGAACCUGCUCCUAAAACCGCGAAGUCUGCUAGCGGAAUCGCAGAGCCUCUUCACGGAAUCACGGAACCUCCUCACGGAAUCACAAAACCUCCUCCCGGAACCGCGGAACCUGCUAGCGGAAUCGUGAGACGUCCUCACGGAAUCACGGAAAUUCACGGAAUCGCGGAAUCUACUCACGGAAUCGCGGAACCUUCUCACGGAAUCGCGGCGCCUCACGGAAUCACGGAGCCUCACAGAAUCACGCAGCCUCACGGAAUCACGCAGCCUCACGGAAUCACGGAAUCUCCUCACGGAAUCUCGAAACCUCCUCGCGCCGCCGUGGACGAGACGCAGCCAGUCAAACUUCAGCGGAAAGGUUUAUCAGAAUCGCCGAAGAAGACCCGAACCCCGAUCAAAGCUACCAUGUCAUCACCAUCGGAUAUCAAAGUUGAGAAGGAAAUCGCCAGAUUGAAGGAAGUUCUACAACAAACUUCAGGGGUUGCAGCCCAACAGGCUUUACGCGAGAACUGGCGUUUUCUCCUAUUCGAAAGUACCUCAGGAGACACGGAAAAUCACAUCUCGUUCCUUCUUCGCGCCAUCUUGAAGAAUGUCACCUGGACCCCAAGACUCUUGAAUAUCGUCUUGAACGAUCCCGAUAUCUCAGAGCAGAUCCUUGAACAGCCAACAACCCUCCCAAAGCUUCUUGGCUCAGUUUCAGCAGCUCAGCUCAUGAAGCAUGUACCCACUCCUGUACUGGAUGCAGCACUGAGAGAGAGGGUGAAGGACGUGGAUGGUACCUCGUUGCUUAGAUGGAUGGGUGAGGCAGAUAGGUUGGGCUUCACGUUAGAGGACAUAUUGGACGAUUACGAAUCAGUGGCACCUAACCCAAACAGUGAGUUGAUGGGUCGAGAUAAACCUGAGAUACUCGAUGUCGAAGGACCACGGACACGACCCCAGCUACACCUUCUCCCUCCUCCUCCCUCCUUGCAACAACAACGCCACGAUCCUCUCCUCAUUGAACAAGAGCGGAACCUAGCACUCACGGGACAAAAAGCAGUCGCUGGACGGCGACCAGCAAACGGAGGUCAGAUCGGAUCGUGCCGUCACUGCGACUUCGUCUUUCCGACGUUCUCGGGAUAUUCCUACCAUCUAGCCAAGAAGCCUUGUCUGAGGGCAGUACCACCUGGUGGACACAAAUUUAAAUGCGGGAAUUGCGCUCAGCGAUUCACAAAUGGUCAGGGAUAUGACUACCAUAUGAAAGAAAGAUGUUGCUUUCCUGGUAAUGCUGGUCCAUCGCCAUCCGCUCAAUUGCAGCCAGAAACAAACAGUCAAGAUCAAUACAGUCCCAUCCUACCUCCGAACAGUGUGCGCCAUCAGGCUCAGGGAAGUCUAUUCCAUCCCGCAAUUCGACCACCUAUGCACAGUCAAGGUCCUUCUUCAAGUACUUUUAUUCCUCUUCCCUCGCAUCAAGGGCCUCCUGCAUCUCUAUCACAACCAUCUAUCAGUACACCGAUUCAACAACCUGCUACAUCCGUACCUAAUAUGACAGGCAUUCGUCGCCAUCCAUCAGAGUUAUCACGUGCAGAGCGAGCUAUUCUGGACGCAGAAAUCAAGGCACAGGAAGCCAAGCACGAGGCCAAUGUAGCUGAUAUCAAACGAACCUACCAAGAUAACCCAGUUGAGCUUCAAAAAAAGUUGUAUUCUGCCAAGACUGGUAACGAUACCAAGAUGAGUGGGAUCAGAAGAAAGCAUGGCGUCAGCUUGAGGAUGAGUAAAGCAGAUAGGCAACGACGAGAGGAGGCGGGCGUGCCAUCACCCACUUAUACCUACAAGGCCUGUCCGCAACAUGCGCCGACUGACAUGUCGCCCCCUACAUCUUCAUUCUCCCCAGUCAAUGGUUCAGGGAAUAAGCGACGAAGAUCUCAAGAAGACGAUCAUGGCUCUCCCCGACCUCAACCCUGGUUUACCAACCCUUCUACCAGAAACGUAUCUACUCCGAAACACAGCUCGAGUGUUAUUGUUCUUACGGACUCUGAGAGUGAGAAUGAAGGCUAAGCGCGGACGGAAAUUCUGAUGACUUGAUGGAUUCAUGUAUUAUAGUGCUUUUAGCGUGACUUUCAAAUACUUGCGAUGAAAUUCAAAAAUCACUUAUGACUAAA